UACAUGCUGCUGCUGAGUGGUGUUUGACAGUCUCAGGCGACAAGAGGAAAACAAGACAGCGGGUUUUUUUUUCCUUCUCCUCUUGCUAAAGGCGAAUCACUGACGGAUGCCACCAUGGAGCAGAAAACAUAAGUUGAGCCCUCGUAAGGACGCUGCCACUUGUACUUUACAGAAGAUAAUCAUCGUUGGGAUGAAGAACUGAAGUCUUAGAGUGUUUUGUGCCAACAAUGUCUAAACCAAUGGAUCACGUAAAACGCCCGAUGAACGCUUUCAUGGUUUGGUCCAGAGCCCAGCGCAGGAAGAUGGCUCAGGAGAACCCCAAAAUGCACAACUCCGAGAUCAGCAAAAGAUUAGGAGCGGAGUGGAAACUUCUCACCGAGUCUGAGAAAAGGCCAUUCAUCGACGAAGCCAAACGACUGCGAGCGAUGCACAUGAAGGAGCACCCAGACUACAAAUACAGACCGAGGCGGAAGCCUAAGACUCUGAUGAAAAAAGAUAAGUUUUCUUUCCCGGUGCCCUACAAUCUCGGGGAGCACGACGCACUCAAAGUUAGCGGGCUUUCCUCUGGAGCACUUUCCGAGUCCGUCCUUGGGAACCCGGACAAGGCGGCGGCGGCUGCGGCGGCCGCAGCAGCGAGGGUAUUCUUCAACCCGUCCAUGUCCACGAACCCCUAUUCCUUUUUCGACCUGGGAUCCAAGAUGACUGAGCUUUCCCCACCUUCUUUUCCGUACGCGUCUCCGUUGGGCUACCCGCCGGCGGGCGCCACGGCUUUCACCGGGACUGGCGGUGUAGGUGGCGGGACGCACACCCACACUCACUCACACCCGUCCCCGGGAAACCCAGGCUACAUGAUCCCUUGUAACUGUACGGGCUGGCCCUCAGCGGGACUCCAGCCGCCUUUAGCAUACAUCCUGCUCCCCGGCAUGGGAAAACCUCAACUUGAACCGUACCCUGCAUAUGCUGCAGCAUUAUGAUAGGCCCACUUUGGACUUCUAAGAAAACGAAAUGUGAAAACAAAAACAAACAAACAAAAAAAAGGUAUUCAUGCAAGAGUUUUAUUAUGCAUGCACAAACUUGUACAUGUGAUGAAGUGCUCGUCGUCUCAGAUAUCACAUGUGUAUGUAUAUUGAUUAAUGCCUUUAUCUAAGGUAAUGCUUAUUUAGAGAACUCUCUAAUCUAUUAUCAGCCAUCACCUCUCACAGCCCGGAGGGAAAGGACUAAAGGACGGCAGAAAUGCACACAAUUGAGAGGAAAAAUGGUAUCAGAGCAGUUUUGCCCAUUUUGAAAGGUACACUAUUCAAUUUCUAUCUUUUGCAAGUUGCACCUGCUUGACUAACCUGUUGGAAUCAACGGCAGCAUAUACAAUGACCAUAUUAAUCCCAGGAUCACAGCGUUUCCUCUCAGAUAAAAUUGUUGUAGGCUGAUGGGCUAUAAUCCAUGGAUCAAGGAGGACUGUCACAACAUUUCUCCCCUCCUGAAUGACUGUAAAUGUGUACAGAUAAAAAUGACUCUAGUUUAUUUGCCGUUAUAGGCUUAGUGUUUGAGAUAGGGCCAGGAACCUACGUAUUUCACUAGAAAUCCGGUGUAUAUUUUGAGUUUUUAAACCGUUUUAUAGAUGUCUGUAAUAUUUAUUGUUUAGUGGAAUCUAUGGUGACCCAGACGAUUUUAAAAAGGACAAGACUAGUUCUGUAAUAUUUGCACAUGAAACGUAGAGGAUGUAAUUUAUUUUGAAGGUGAUAUUCAGUUCAUUGCAACUUUCAGGUUUGAUUCAUUCAGACCGUUUUUAACCCCCCCCAAACAGUAACAAAAAAAAAAAAAAAAAAGUUCCAAUUUAAAUGCAGAUGCUGAAGAUUAUUCAAGGAGUUUUAUCAUUUCUUGAUCCCACCCUCCCACUCCUCGUAUCAUGUGCAGCAGAAAAAAAAAACCCUUUUUAACUAACUCUUAUGGAAUUUGUAUGUUUUUUGUGUUUUCUUUAACCUCCGUUAUGUACUUCAACCUAUUGCUACUGUUCACUUGUUGAGCAAAAGGACUACAA